CCGGCUCAGUCUGCGAGCGGGCGCGGCGCCACCGGUCACCAUGCUGUGAUCGCCGCCGCCCGGCCAGUGAGCGGUGGCCGCGCCUCGGAGAAUGUGCUGCCUGCUCCCGCCCGGACCAUGCUCACCAUGUCUGCCAUCGAACAAUACCGCAUAAAGAAGAUUGAAUCAAUAGGAAAGAUGACGGCGCAAUCGCAGGACGAGAUCAUGACGAACACCAAAACCGUGAUACAAGGUCUGGAGGCGCUCCGGAACGACCACAACUCGAUCCUGAACGGGCUGAUGGGCUCGAUGAAGGCCAGCGAGCAGCGCUCCGAGCUGGUCGAGGAGAAGGCCGGCCUCAUCCAGAAGAGCCUGGACACCAUCGAGCUGGGGCUGGGCGAGGCGCAGGUGAUGAUGGCGCUAGCGUCACACCUGCAGGGAGUCGAGGCCGAAAAACAGAAGCUGCGCGCCCAGGUGCGACGUCUGUGCCAGGAGAACGCCUGGCUGCGGGACGAGCUGGCCAACACCCAGCAGAAGCUGCAGGCUUCCGAGCAGCAGGUGGCCCAGCUAGAGGAGGACAAGAAGCAGCUGGAGUUCUUCAACUCCAUCAAGAAGUAUGACCAGGACAGCCAGGUACAGAACGCCGAGAGCAUGUCGGAGUCCACCGCCGAGUCUAUGGAGAAGUCGGCCAACCCGGUCGUCGACCUGUUCCCGGACGAGGGCGACGAGCGGGGCGGCAUGUCGCCCACGCCGCCCUCCCAGUUCGCGCAGCAGGUCAACGCCGGCUACGAGAUCCCAGCCCGGCUGCGCACGCUCCACAACCUGGUCAUCCAGUACGCCUCGCAGGGCAGGUACGAGGUGGCGGUGCCGCUGUGUAAGCAGGCGCUGGAGGACCUGGAGAAGACCAGCGGUCACGACCACCCGGACGUGGCCACCAUGCUCAACAUCCUGGCGCUGGUCUACAGAGAUCAAAACAAAUACAAGGAGGCGGCCAACCUGCUGAACGACGCCCUGGCUAUCCGCGAGAAGACGCUGGGGGAGGAUCACCCCGCGGUGGCCGCCACGCUGAACAACCUGGCGGUGCUGUACGGCAAGCGAGAGUACAAGGAUGCCGAGCCGCUCUGUAAGCGGGCGCUGGAGAUCCGAGAGAAGGUACUGGGACGCGACCACCCGGACGUGGCCAAGCAGCUCAACAACCUGGCACUGCUCUGCCAGAACCAGGGCAAGUACGAGGAGGUGGAGCGCUACUACCAGCGCGCGCUGGAGAUAUACGAGACCAAACUGGGACCGGACGACUCUAACGUGGCCAAGACCAAGAACAACCUGGCAUCGGCCUACCUCAAGCAGGGCAAAUACAAGGAGGCGGAGGUGCUCUACAAGGAGGUGCUGGACCGGGCGCACGUGCAGGAGUUCGGCUCUAUCGGAGGCGACAGCAAGCCGAUUUGGCAGGUGGCUGAGGAGCGCGAGGAGAACAAGAGCAAGAACAAGGACAACGCUCCGUACGGCGAGUACGGCGGCUGGCACAAGGCGGCCAAGGUGGACUCGCCCACUGUAACCACCACCCUCAAGAACUUGGGCGCUCUGUAUCGACGCCAGGGCAAGUACGAGGCGGCUGAGACGCUGGAGGACUGCGCCAUGAGGUCACGCAAGGAG